GAGCGCAUGCGCAGUGGUCCCAGGCCGGGGAGUGUCUGAGCGGCUCGUUGGACUCGAUGUAGAGGAGCAUCUGCAGGAACAAUGCACCGGCUGGACUGGGAGGAAAGGAUUUUAUAAGAUUUGGCGUGAUCUGAACGAAGCAAGAAAGUCCCAGAGAUGGGAUCGUAUGAGAGGAACAUUGAUUUGUUGCAUAUUUGAGACGUGAAUGACCUCCAGCGGUACACGGAAUUAGGAUUUUCUCAUACUUUGUUGCCUGCAAUAUCAACCCUCCCCGACAGACUCGGGAGCAGCGCUGGAUUGGAGAAAAUAUGAAUAAGUCCUACUGAAAAACGAACGGCUUCAUUACUGGGAAUCCAUUCUCAUGAUAUAUAUUAGGUCGCCUUUAUUAUCUUAUUAAUAAGCAUGCAUAGCUGUUUACUAGAGGGCCUCCAGUCAGCUUGAAUGGUUGCUGCAAAGUCAAGAAAUAUUCUUUGCAUUUCACGUUUUAAAUCCCUGCUUCAGCUUAAAACAACCAAAGAGAUUUUCCAGCCCCCCUUUAAUAACGGCCUCACAGACUGUUUUUGUCAGACACCGAUGGCAUAAUCUGCCUGGAGGUCAAGAGAUGACCAUCUGCUGCUGGAACCUGUUUUAAACCUGCAAGCUGAUUAACCGGGGAGAGAACCCAAGGCAGGGUUUUUUUUAUUCGUCUUGACCGUGUGGCUCCCUGCUGAAGGAGUGAUGCUGAGGGCCACAGCGGGCUCCACAGAGGAGAGGGAUGAGGAGGAUGAAGGGGAGGAAGAGCUGAGGGAUGGAGGGGUGCCUUUCUAUGUAAACAGAGGAGGCCUCCCAAUGGACGAGGAGACUUGGGAGAGGAUGUGGCGCCAUGUGGCCAGAAUCCAUCCGAGUGGUGAUGCUCUGACCAAGGAGAUAAGGGGUGCCACGGACCUACCCAAGAUUCCAGUACCAAGUGUGCCUACAUACCAACCAACAACUACCAUCCCACAGCGCCUGGAAGCCAUACAAAAGUACAUCAGGGAAUUACAGUACAAUCACACAGGAACACAGUUUUUUGAGAUAAAGAAGAGCCGGCCUCUCACUGCGUUGAUGGACAUCGCUAAAGAGAUGACAAGAGAAGCCCUGCCGAUCAAAUGUUUAGAGGCGGUGAUCCUCGCCAUCCAUCUCACCAACAACAUGCCCGGCGUGGAGCGAUUCCCGCUCAGCUUUAAAUCUCACUUCUCAGGGAACCACUUUUACCACAUCGUGCUCGGGGUUCACAGCGGGGGACGCUUCGGCGCUCUGGGCAUAAGCCGGAGGGACGACCUCAUGUUCAAGCCUCUGGAGUUUCGAACACUCAUGGACUUGGUUCAGGAAUUCGAAGGAGCCUACAGGGGCUAUUGGCACACCCUGCGCAAGAUUAAGAUCGGACAGUAUGUGUCCCACGACCCUCACAGCGUGGAGCAGAUAGAGUGGAAGCACUCCGUCCUGGACGUGGACAAGCUGAGCAAGGAGGAGCUACGGAAGGAGCUGGAGAGACACACCCGAGACAUGAGGCUGAAAAUUGGAAAGCCGGCGCCUCCCUCUCCCACUAAAGACAGGAGAAACAGCAUGGGUUCUCCUCUCAAAGGACCAGGCAGCCCCAUCCGGAGGAUCAGUCGAGCUGAGAGACGCCCCUCUGGAGAAAAGAAGGUUUUGGAGCAGAAAUCUGCCGAUAUUAACGGAUACCAGAUCAGAGUGUGAAGAAGGGUUCUGUUGUUACCACACAUCCGCAUGAUGGACCCACCAAGUAGACAUUGGCCUGUUUUGUUUUUCUAAUGCAUUCUGGAAUAGGUCACCAGCAACCGUUCUUCCUGAAACAAACGCCUCACUAAACUCUCCCUACGUCGUUACAGGCUCUUUUCCCCCCUGUAACAGUUGCAGUAAUUGGUGCUGGUAAAGCUCCUGUUUUAUGAAAAGAGGGAGUAAAUCUGCAGAUAGUUGUUGUUGGUUUUUUUUACAUAUAUAUUAAUAAACACGUGCAGUUUUGCUACCUUUAACCCAAAACGAUGUUUGAAUAAGUACGGUUCGGUGUAAUUUACAUAUCACAUCUCUAUGCUGUUAGGCUUUCCUACAAUCUGUAUCACUGUACUGUAAGUUUGAGACAGAUUGUGUAGUGUAACACCACCUAGACUCCACUAGACAAUAGUUACAUGUGUGCUGACUAGUUUAUACCUGCUACCCUCGUGCCUUGUUUAAAAUUCCAAUGGGAAAACAAAACAUUUAAUGAUCCCAAAAUUUGUUUUGCCUUCAGAAAAACAAAGUCUAUUUGUACAUUUCCAGCUGAGUAAUUAUAUAUGUAUAUGUAUCCAAAUGUUAAAAGUAUUAGGAGGUGAUUACUGUUAUAGCUACCAACUGAGCAGCUUCAGUAUAUAUUUCAAACAGAGCGCUAUUUUACCAAACGGUUCUGCUCAGUGGUGUACAUGCACUUAUCAUCGGUUUUGGUUCUUGGUUUGAUUCCAGCUUUUAAGCAUAGUCCACAAUUUUCCAACAGGGUUAGGAUUGUGGCCACUGCUGAAGCUUGAUGUUAGCCAGCGUGAGUGUUUGGGAUCAUUCUGAAAACCCCUACUGUGUCCAAUUUUCAGCCAGCUAACUCUUGAAUGAUUGACUAAUCCGUAAGUAGUGCUGUCAUGUAUGCCUUUUUGUAGCCAGUUUGUUUUAAGCACCAGUACAAUUGGCAGUAAAAAAGACCCUCAGUAUGAUGCGGUCUGACUCUUCCACAGACUAAUAAUCCAUUUGUGGCCAGAUUGAUCUGCCUUUGUCUCCUUGACCAUUAAAACUCUUCCCCUAACCUGGACAGAUUGGGCUUUUCUACAGGAGAAACAACCCCGAACAUCAAAACUGGUUCUGGAAUAGAUGAAGAAUCGAGAAACACUGGCCGAUCUCAAGCCAGUUGAAAUACUUAACCGAUUUUGCCAUUUAGGAGACGUCCAACGUCCAGUCAGAGUAAUGCUACAAGUUUUGCUGACGCCACCAAAAGUGAAUGGCUAAGAGAAAACCCACAAUAAAUUCAAAGUUUUGCUAAAAGAACACAACUCCUGUCACCGUCACCCUUGGGAGUCUCAAAAGCAUCAUCAAAAGCUUAAAAUCUAGAUUAAGUCAUGAUAUGUACAUGUGAACUUCUGACUGAAACUGCGCGUUUGGUAUACAAGCCUCUUUCGUUUAUGUAUUUUAACCGUAGCAUCUUUCACUUGCCUUAAGUGAUGUCAAAUAGGUGUGAGGAAGUUUUUUAAAGCGCUUUUGUCUGGGCUUUUUUUUGUAUUUUUUACCAGAAGUUAUGUCAUUUUAUGGUACCCACUGUGUUUGUGAUCAGUAAGCACUUCAGGCUCUUCUGAAUUUUUGCCACCGUCGACAGUUUUAUCUGCUCGCUGAGUGUUGUCCACUUUCUCUUCCAAGGUUCUGUAAUGCAGUUGCUCUGUGUGAAAAGACGCAGUUUGCAGCAUCACAAUAAAGAGUCACAUCAGUUUG